AGCAAGAGCUAGGUUUCUUAUAAUGUGGUUGUUUUCAUAUGUUUGACUCUGGGUCUGGAGUGUCCGUGGAUAUGUUGAAUUGCUGUGACUCAUAGGGCAUUAAGUUCCACCAGGUUAGAAGAGUGAUGACCAUCCUGUUCCUUACUAUGGUUAUUUCGUACUUCAGUUGCAUGAGAGCUGCUCCCAUGAGAGACGCCCCGGGUAUAAGGGGCCACCGAACGGAAGGCUACUUGGGUGCUGCAGUGACGGUCGGCCAGGGCCACGGGACUCCACAGAGCGGGGGUGGGCCGGGCCAGCAUGGGGGACUGCCCUCGCUCACAGACACGUUUGAGCAGGUGAUUGAGGAGCUCUUGGAGGUGGAAGGAGAAGCAUCUCAGCUGGGGCCUGGGGCUGACAAGGGCCAGGGAGGAGGGGGUCCUUCCUCUGUGGUCACCACGGAGACAAAGGAUGUCGACCUGUAUGCAUCGCGGGUGAUGAUCAGCAACCAAGUGCCUUUAGAGCCACCGCUGCUUUUUCUCCUGGAGGAAUACAAAAACUACCUGGACGCCGCUAACAUGUCCAUGAGGGUACGGCGGCAUUCUGACCCGUCGCGGCGUGGAGAGCUGAGUGUGUGUGAUAGUAUUAGCCAGUGGGUGACAGCUGUGGACAAAAAGACAGCAAUAGACAUGUCUGGGCAGACCGUUACCGUCCUGGAAAAGGUCCCUGUCCCCAAUGGCCAACUGAAGCAAUACUUUUAUGAGACCAAAUGUAACCCUAUGGGGUACACAAAGGAGGGCUGCCGUGGAAUAGACAAGAGGCAUUAUAACUCCCAAUGCAGGACAACCCAGUCCUACGUGCGAGCGCUCACCAUGGAUAGCAAAAAGAAGAUUGGCUGGCGGUUUAUAAGGAUAGACACAUCAUGUGUAUGCACAUUGACCAUUAAAAGAGGAAGAUAGUGUAUAUAAUGUAUAGAUUUUAUUGAGAGUUUAAAAAAGAGAGUAAAGAGAAAAUAUCUAUUUGUAUAUAUACAUAACAGGGUAAAUUAUUCCGUCAAAUGAAAAUUUUAUGGACUGCAUGUAAAAAAAGAUGAKGUUUAUACAGUAAAAGUGAUACUACAGUCUAUUUAUUGAACAUAUUCAUGACCUUGUAAACAAUUAAAAAAAGAUCUGAUCAGUCAUUUGCGCCCAGUUUAAAUUACUAUAUCACAUUCCUCAAGACAUUGUGGUUUGUUUACGUUGCCAAGAAUUUGAGAAAGAAGGAAAAGAGCGAUGAGGAUGAGGGAGAGGGUGAGGACGAGUUCCAUUAAAAAAAACUUGCAUGCUGCUUCAAUUGUGAAUUGAGAAUUUGUCCACCUAAGAAAAAAGGAUAUGAUACCGACCAAAACAUUCCGUUUACAUACUCAACAGUAAGGGUUUCCUCCUCAGUACUUUAUCUGUUUACUGUUCUAAACUUCUCAAGGUAAUGUUGGAAUUACAUACUAUGUCAAGGUGCUGUUGUCAAAGCUUUGCUGUUUAUUUUUUUAUCCCCACCAGAGGACAAAAUAUAAGAAUAUAUAUAUAUAUAUAUAAAAUUUAUUCAUUGACAUAUGUUUCUGGAUUAAUAUAAUUAAUUUUGUAUGUUGUGAAGUUGUUUGCAAUAUUAAA